AUGAAGGAAUAUCUUAACUCCGAAUGCGAGACUCUUUCGGUCAAGCACAAUGGGUAUAAGGUCGUUAAAGUUGGUGAUGAGUUUGUGGUCAAAUUCGUAAGGGCAGGCCAAGUUGGCCUCGUUGAAAAGGCGAAUAUGCUCUUCUCGUAUAACAAGCAACAGAAGAAGUUAAGGUUCCGCGGGUCUACGCUCUUUACAAUGACCACAACUCGCCGGCGAAUUACAUUUUUAUGGGGUUCUUUGAGGGGGAACACUAGGUUCUCAGUAGAUCACGCUUGA